AUGUGGACUGAGCCUGUGACUGUGCCCUUAUCUUUACGCCUUGGUCCAAGAGAGCACAGCCCUGAGAGGUGGGCGCUGCCCGGGGUGAGAUGUGAGGAGAACUGUGCCACUGCUGACCCGAAAAAAACACAUAUUUACUGCGGGAACGGUUUCCCAGUCACGUCUGUUGAAUCCGGGGGAGAUGGCGGUGGCCUUAACACUUCACCUGGUGCACGUCAGGCCUUCCUGCCUUAUGUUCGUGCUCUGGUGUUUUGGACAUCUGCCACCACGGAUGUGUUCUUUCCUGGAGAAUCAGACUGCCUGACCACAGACUGGGUCCAUCUCUGGUAUAUAUGGUUGCUGGUGGUAAUCGGUGUGCUGCUCCUCCUGUGUGGCCUGACUACUGUGUGCUUCCGCUGCUGCUGCCCCAGUCGCCAGCAAAGUGGGGACGACAGGAGCCCGCCCCCCUACGAAGUGACUGUCAUUGCUUUUGAUCAUGACAGCACUCUCCAGAGCACUAUCACUUCCCUGCAGUCAGUGUUCGGCCCUGCAGCUCGGAGGAUCCUGGCGGUGGCUCACUCCCACAGCCCCCUGGGCCAGCAGCCCUCCUCACCGGACAUGCUCCCCGGGUAUGAAGAAGCUCUCCACAUGAGUCGCUUCACCGUGGCAAGGUGUGGGCAGAAAGCACCUGACCUUCCCCCCACGCCAGAGGAAGAGCAGCUGCCUGCUGUGCGGAAGGAGGGUCCCCAGAUGGAACAUGCUCCAAACUGA